AUGCCUCCCAUUCAGUUCAAGCUCACCCAUCCUCCCGACGGCCUCGUCCGUCGCAUUACUUUCCAAGAGCGUCCCUCCUGGGAUACCCUCGCCUCACGGAUCCAGGAUCUCUACAAGAUCCCCAUCCCCAGCGUCGCCGUCUCGUACCUCGACAGUGACGGCGAUGAAGUCACUCUCAGCACCGAAGAGGAGCUCCAGGACUUCUACCAGUCUACUGUUAUGCAGAAGCACGACGGCACUCUGAACCUCGUCAAGUUCACCGUCCGGGACCUUGAUUCCCUCCACGCCGAUAAGCCACUUCCCCAAACUCCCCGCACCACCUCCGGCAUGAACUAUCGCAACACUUUCGGACGUUCUGCGACCGCCGUGUUCGAGAUGGAGGUGGACGACGGUUGGCAAUCCGUUCCUAAUGGUAUGGCCGGUCUCUUCGGCUCUGGCCCCCAUGCGUUUGUCGAAGUUCUCGACAGCGACGCCGACGUCUCUCAGAUCCGGGACAAGCAUGUCGGCGAUAGCGCUGCCUCAUCCACCACUGGCUCUACCGGCACGCUCCCUGAGAUAAUCCCAACGCCCUCCCUCAAGGGCAAAGCCAGAGCCAACUCCGACGACUUCAGUUCUCGUAGUCCCGACACCAUAUCUUCAACGCAGUCCCUCGUCGCCGAAGAGGCUGGAUCCAAGCACACCAUACACAUCAACGACUUCAGCACCCGUGGCUACAGCUGUCGCAGCACUCUUUCCGCCCUCGUGCCUCGUCCCCCUACCCCCAAGGUCAACACUGCUGUGAGCCAGGCGCAUGAUGAUGACCCUCCCCUCCCCGAUCUCGGUAGCACCCAGUCUGCUCCGCCGAACGUCGCCAACGACGUCGCAGAUCUCUUUGGUAUGCUGGCCUCCAUGCUGGCCUCCAACCCCGAACUCUCUGAAGGCAUCCGCAACAUCGUGCGUAAUGCAUCGAACGGUACGUACUGGGCGACUCACCGGGAGCAGGUCACCCGUGCUGCGGAGGAGAUUCGCCGCAGUGCUCUGGUGAAUGCCGAGGAGCUGCGUCAGACCGCGACAGAUGGAAGGCGUGCAGCUGAGGAAGCUGCGGGCCGCCGCGUCGCUGAGGCUUUGAGCAAUGUCAUCCGCGUCAUCUCCGACAUCACUGGAGUAGCAGGUGCCGCCCCUCAGCCUACAGAAUGGGCAGACGACGUCUUUGGCCCCCGUCAAGGACCUCCGCCGCCUUUUGGGUCGCAACAUGGAUGGGGUCGCCGACACCAUCGUCAUCAUCACCACGGACAUAGCUGGGAUGAUACCGUUCCUAUACUUCCACCGCCGCCCCAUCCUAACGUGGAUGGACUCGGUGCUGAGGAUGCUGAGGUUACCAUGUACGGUGCAUCUCCCCCCGUCGCCGCUCCCGACGCUCCUGAAGCCGCCGUUUCGGCCCCUAUCCCUGCUCCUGACUCUAGCUCUAUGCCUGUGCAGCAGCCUGAAAUCAUCAGCAAUGCACGUGGGCCCUUCCCUCAGCUUCAGCUCUUCAGUGUUCCACGUAGGUCUCACACAAUCCACGCUCCUGUGCACCGCCGUGAUGGACUGUGGGGGACUUUCGAAUCCGCCGGACCCUCCACUCAGCUUGGUCGGAACGACGCCGCCGACUCGCUCAUACGGCGUUUGAGCGAUAUGGGGUUCACAUCCGCCAACUACCCGUCCUUGAACGCCAAAAUCGACGCCCGCCUUUCCCGCAGUGGUGAGGCCAAAGCGAACGAGGACACCAUUGUGAGCGACCUCGUCGACGAGCUUCUGGAGUUACCUCCUCUUCGCGAUGCUUCUGGGCCUUCGGGCUCUGGCAUGAGGCACGACUGA